UGUAGUUGGGAGAAGAUGGAAGUUGACAGCAUUUUAUGAAAUAAUUAGUUACUUUCUCAUAAAAUCAAUUAAAAUGGCACUUGAGGAUCCUUUCUUUGUUGUAAAAGAGGAGGUACAGAAGGCCUUGCAGACUUCAAAAAAUCUCUACACACGAUGGUGUGAGCUCGCCGAUGCCCCAAAUCUUGUGUCUGUAGAAGAGUACAAUUGGACAACAAAUGAACUUAGAAAUAGUUUACGCAGUAUAGAAUGGGAUCUGGAAGAUUUAGAAGAAACUAUUGGUAUUGUUGAGAAAAAUCCACGCAAGUUUAGAAUAGAAGUUUCGGAGCUGAAAGAAAGGAGAGAGUUUAUAGAAAGGACCAAAGCAGCCGUUAGGGAGAUGAAAUCACAGAUGACGAGCCCCCAGUCACGGCCCACAGACGAAUCUAAUGUCAGACAGUCAUUGUUGAAUUCUAACAGUCCCACAAAAUCCUACGACAAAUACUCGAGGUUAGAUGCUGAGAUGGAACGUUCUCACCAGAGCUUUAUAGAUGAUACAACACAAAACCAACAGCUGAUUAUAAAAGAUCAAGAUGACCAGUUGGAUAUGAUUGGAUCCAGUGUUGGUGCACUGAAAAAUAUGAGCCAUCAAAUAGGCAACGAAUUAGAGGAACAGAAUAGAAUGUUAGAUGAUUUUCACCAUGAAAUGGACAAGACAGAAUCCAGAAUGGACACUGUGAUGAAGAAAAUGGCCAAAGUUUUACAUAUGUCUUCAGAUAAGCGACAAUGUUGUGCAAUCGGAGUGCUACUAGUGAUUUUACUGAUAGUCGUCAUUUUGCUCAUCGUGUUAUGAAUCUCCUGUCAUGCUCACAUAACUUGUUGUCUCGUCAUCACACAGAUGUAGUUCCCAUAUGCCAUUCACACAGAUCGCGCUCCUACAGCUUAUGUGCACACGGUUAAUGCUCUCACGGCUCUUUAUUUCACCAUGACGGAAAAAGACAUAAUUCAGUCAGUUAUAAAACUGUGUUCCAGAACAAGUCUUUGAAAGAAGCGCAAGUCAACCAUUGGUCAAUUUCACGAUUGAGCACAGAAUCAACCAAUCAGAUGCUGGUGUUUUGAGACUGGUCUUCAUUGGAACACAAUAUUUAAGUCGCAUAGAUUUUAAAACAGAGUUUCAUGUUAAAACUCAUAUUCCAAGAUACCUUUUAGUUUUUAUCACUAAAACAUGGUUUGAAGAUUAUAAAACUGAGUUUGGAGACCAGUCUCAAAUACUGCCCUGUCAUUGGCUGAUUUUAAAGGUGUGCUCAGAGACAACCAAUCAGGUCUCAGAGUGUUUAGACUUGUCUCCAAACUUAAUUUUAUAAACCUGUAACUGGUAUUUUUAUGUCAGUGGAGGGUCUUCUUACAAAAGGAUUCAUUACCUUGACCAUAACAGUUACAAGGUCAUUACUGUAUAAACUGAUCUGUAUCUGUUAAGUGAUUUUACUUAAUUACAAGUUGUAAUUUUUGAUACCAAAGAUUUGCUUGUUAAGGGUAUUUUAGCAUUAUGGAAUUGUUCGGUUUGCUUGAAGAUAAACUUCGAGCCAGUUAUUUCUGGAAUGAGGUUGUACUGAAGUUUGACCAUUUUAUGAUACUUUUCGUUGCCCCCACCCCUACCCAUCCCCAAUUUUUUUAUUGGGGUCGGGGGGAGGGAGAAACCCUUCUUUAUUCCUUCUUUAGGUAGUUCUUUUGUUCAUUUCAAUUUUUUUUCCAUCUAUGUGAGAUUUGAUCAGAUUUUUUCAGUCAUCAUAGUAUGCUAAAAAAGUAAGUCAGUGAAAAUGGUAGGAUUGUAUGCUUGAUUGAAAAGAAAAGAAGUCCUCAAGAAAGAUUUCAGUAUUGGAGUUUACGGGAAAAUCGUAAGUGCGUGACAUCUUCUUAAAGUUGUAAAUUUACACAUUUUCCUGUCAUGUCAUCCGUUCGAAUUGAUGAGUCUGAUGUGCUUAAUUUUGAAAAAUAUAACCCUAUUGAUGGGGUAUCAUGCAUUUGAAGUUGAUUUUGAAAAACUGUUUGGAAUAGUUACAAGUGCAAAUACUUUUGUUAAAAUAUUGAAUCAGUUUGAUUGCAUAAUCAGGUGUCACAAGUAAUUUAUUCUUGCAAUAUUUUUUAAAUUCCUGAAUACCUGGCAGUUUUUAUUCUAGGUUAAAUGAUGCAGAACGUAACCUUGAAAGAAAAUUUAGCCAACAUUUUGAAAAAAACUCGAGUUGUUUAGUUUCCAGUUGAAAAAAAAAAUGUUUGGAGACCAGUCUGUGUAUACAGUCUUGCCAUUGGUCAAAUUGAAGAUUGUGUUCUUGAACAGCCAAUCAGAUUCUAGUAUUUAUAGGCUGGUUUUUAACCUUCACCCUGCUUAAUUUCUAAAAAUGGACUGGUCUGUCAUUCAUUUUGGGCAGUACCAUUUACUAUUAGAAGGGGUGUUCACUGAAAAUUUACAGACUGAAUAGCAAACGGUGCAGACCAUGAUCAGGAUGUACAGGCUGAUCUUGGCCUUCACUGGUCGCAAAGGCAAAAUCACUUGCCAUUAGCAGGGUAAAGGUAAAACUUGUUUUUAGCUCACCUGUCACAUAGUGACAAGGUGAGCUUUUGUGAUCACCCUUCGUCCGUCGUCAGUCCGUGCGUGCGUGCAUCCGUCCGUCAACAAUUUCUUGUCUGCACGAUAGUGGUUUCAUUUAUGAUUUUAUUUUAACCAAUUUGCACACAACUUGUAUCACCAUAAGACCUCGGUUCCUUUCUUGAACUGGCCAGAUCCCAUUAUGGGUUCUAGAGUUAUGGCCCCUGAAAGGGCCAAAAUCAGCUAUUUUGACCUUGUCUGCACAAUAGCAGCUUUAUUUAUGGUUUGAUUUUUACCAAACUGGCACACUACUUGUAUCACCAUAAGAUCUCGGUUCCUUUCUUGAACUGGUCAGAUUCCAUGAUGGGUUCCAGAGUUAUGGCCCCUGAAAGGGCCAACAUCAGCUAUUUUGACAUUGUCUGCACAAUAGCAGCUUUAUUUAUGAUUAUAUUUUAACCAAACUUGCACACAACUUGUAUCACCAUAAGAUCUUGGUUCCUUUCUUGAACUGGCCAGAUCCCAUUAUGGGUUCCAGAGUUAUGGUCCCUGAAAGGGCCAAAAUCAGCUAUUUUGGCCUUGUCUGCACAAUAGCAGCUUUAUUUAUGAUUUGAUUUUUACCAAACUGGCACACAACUUGUAUUACCAUAAGAUCUCGGUUCCUUUCUUGAACUGGUCAGAUCCCAUUAUAGGUUCCAGAGUUAUGGCCCCUGAAAGGGCCAAAAUCAGCUAUUUUGACGUUGUCUGCACAAUAAUAGCUUUAUUUAUGAUUUGAUUUUUACCAAACUAGCACACAACUUGUAUCACCAUAAGAUCUUGGUUCCUUUCUUGAACCGGCCAGAUCCCAUAAUGGGUUCCAGAGUUAUGGCCCCUGAAAGGGCCAAAAUUAGCUAUUUUGACCUUGUUUGCACAAUAGCAAUUUCAUUUAUGAUUUGAUUUUAACCAAACUUGCACACAACUUGUAUCACCACAAGAUCUUGGUUCCUUUCUUGAACUGGCCAGAUUCCAUCAUGGGUUCCAGAGUUAUGGCCCCUUAAAGGUCCAAAAUUGGCUAUUUUGGCUUUUGCAGCCAUAUAGAGUCUUCAUUUAUGGUUUUAUUUGAUACAGACUUCUAAAAUAUCUUCAACAACAAUAAAUCUUGGAUUCCAUGACAAAUUAGAUCCAAUGGUAGGUUCCAGAGUUAUUUUAUAUCUGAUUAUCUCCCCUGAUUGUAGUCAAAAUGGAUUUAUAUCAGUAAGUACUUAUAGGACUUAUUUGAAAUUUCAUUGUUGUCAUUAGUUGGACUGAGCCAAUCAAAGUAGAUAACUAUGGACUGAUUUUAUGUCAAAUUACCUCCCUUUAUUUCAAAUUAAAAUGGGUAUAUCUCUGUAACUAAUGAAGAUACUGAUCUGAAAUUUCAUUUAUGUCAACAGAUUUAUUUGGCAGUUUCUUCUUUUGAUCACUUACAAUAAUUUUCUUUUAAUUACUUCCCUUUUACGUUACUAUAAAUAGCUUAUUUUAGUAACUUUUUUUACUAUUGGCCGUAGGGAAAAACCGAGACCACUUUUCUAUGGUACAAUAUGGAUGGUACCUCCAAUUUUUAGGUGUAUUUUGACAUAUCUGUUCCAUUGUAAGAAUUUUUUUUUCUUUUUGGUUAGAUUUCUUUCCUUUGUUGUUCCUGUCUUUUGAACUUAGAUAUUUUUUCUGAGGACCUCCUUGUCCUCAAGUGCAAUGACAACAGAUGAGCGAUAUAGGGCCAUCAUGGCCCUCUUGUUUAAUUGUAUGUUCAUUCUCAUUAAUAAUUAAAAGUACUUUUAUCUAUUCAAAAAUAUUUUACCAUUAAUUGAUGUUUGUGUGUAUUGUGUUAAGGCGGCCAGUAAGCUAUACAUGUACUUCCUAUUCAUUUUCUCAGUUGUUGAUGCACAGAUGCUAAAAAUAUUUAUUCCUGCCCUUGAAAGAAUAGAGGGCAUUUUGUUUUGCUCAUAUUGGUGGAUCUUUCAAUAGGCUAUUUGAUUUUUGAUCAACAAAUAGAUUACACUUGGGCCUACAAUGGUCAGACUUGAAACUUUAUAACAUGAUUGCUCAUGGUCAUUAGAUGACCCCAAUAGUUAUUGUGUUUGGUAGGUGAAAGUCAUAGUGACUUUAAGACUAGAAAUGUCUGCUGAUUAAUGACUUGAAUAUGCCUCGGCCAGGAAUGUAAAAUCUUCUUGGUUGAUUGUCUAUGAUGAGAAGAUGACUGUUUAAAGGGACAUUUCGUCAAAGAUGAAGGUCACAGUGACAUCGAGACAAAAACUUGGUUUCUGAUCAAUUGCUGGAGAACUUUUGGGUCUACAGUCAUAAAACUGCAUAACAUGAUUGUUUGUCUUCAGUAGAAUGACCUAAUACCUUUUUGGAGAAUAAGGUCAAGGUUACAGAAUAUUACACACCAGUUACUUCUGACUAUGUGGUGCAUAUGUAUUUUACACACAGCUAAUAUUAUGUAGCUAUGUUUAUUUAUUUCAGUGUGUUUUUUUACUUUAUAAUUGUAUGUUUUGUCAAUGUAUGUGACAAUAGAGCACUUUUAAACAAAUUAUAAGUGUGAAUUCAAUUUGAAGUAAUUCUUCAAAGUAAACAAAAUGAAAAAUAUACAUUCCACUGAAUUUUUUUUUAACUGACUUCAAUGCAAUUAUUCUAAAUCUUAUUAAAAAAACAGGAAAUAGUUUUUCAUAUUUAGCACCAACUGUACAGUUGUAAGCUCAAUCAUGAUUGACCCAUUUGUUUACCAUCACAAUUUGAUCAAAGGAAAUUAACAGUAACAGUGGUGCACGAGUUAGUACUACUGCAGGAUACUCUGGUUACUGUUUGAGCCAUGUAAUCCUCGUGUAAUCUGUAUCAGUGUUUUACUUAAAUUGAGGUUUUAUUUUGAAAGGUCAAGAUUUAAUCUGUACAUCAUUUUAAAGGUCUCCAAGUAUGGUAGUAGGAUCUUUUUAUAUUUCUUAGAUCUAUAAAAUUAUAAGUUAUAAUGUGAAUAUUAUCAUCAAAUAUGUAUUUUCCAAGUGUAAAAAUCGGGCCAAAUCACAAUUUGAAAAAAAAAACCCACAAAAUUUUACCAGACAAUUGCAUGGAAAUGUUGCUUUUAUGCCAGCUUAACUAUCCAGAGUGUUUAAUAAGAAUUAAUAUACAAAUGAAGUUGAUACUGAUUCUUUUUGUGUGCAAAAAAAAAAAAAAAAAACCCUCAAAAAUUGUUGUUUUGAUGAUUAGUUCAAAACUAAUUAAGGUGUUUUGAAAAUUUAACAAGUUCCUAUCACCCAUGAUCACCACUCACAGAGAUUUUUUAGAAUGAUAAUUAUAUCAAUGGUAUUACCUUAUAUUUAAUGAGAAUUCAGGAAGAAGAAAAAACUUAUGGAAUAUGUUGAUCAAACAGUGGGAUAACUAACUUCUUUCACCUGAUAUAAAUAAUAUUAAAAAUGACAAUAAACCGGUAUUAGAUAAAUAAACAGAGCCUCUGUGUGCUUUUUUUAUAGAUUUCUUACAGUCAGUAAAUUGCUUCUAGAAUUGCGUAAUUGCCUUCGUUACAGCUUAAUCAGUAUACUGUCAUCAGGAGACUACAAUAUACAUAUCACCAUUAAUUUCUGUGUGUAUUCGAUAUUCAUGAAGUUUAAAAAAAUUAUGAAAUAUUCUACAAUCCUGUUGACAUGACUAUUUUCCCGUAUUAUUAAGAUGUUAUAUUUUAUAAUGAUUGUUGUGUGACAGAUUUUUACUGUGUAAUACCCCAGUCACACGUGGCGCGGAAAGCUACGUCUAGCCAUGAAUAGAAAUGUAGUUAUCUGUAUCACUCCGUACCUGAGUCGUUCCUUAAAGUAGUAAUCCGUAUCAACUCGUACCAGUCCAUAUGGCUCUGGUAUGGAUCGAUACGGAUUACUACCUUUCUAUCCGUGGCUAGACAUAGCUAUUCGCGCCGUAUGUUUGACUGGGGUAUUAUACAUUCAGUGUAAAAGUGUAUGCGAUGAAAAUAUUAUCAAUGUUGUAUUGGAAAAUAUGUACUGGAUGGCAUGCUGUUCAAAAACAGUGUGUAUUUUUUUACAUGACAUCAGAAAUAAUUCAUAAUGCUGUAUUUCAAGAUUUUAAUUUCGGCCCGGAAAAAUUUGGUGUUGAACAAUAGACCAGUUAAUAGCACAGACUUAUAUUGCAAUUUAAUCGAAGGAGUUCUGUAAUAUUUCUGCUCCUAAAUUUGAGCAAUACUGUAUGUCCACUUCAGAACCCAUGCAUAUUUUUCAAUACAUCUAUUCUUAAAACCUGUUAUUGAAGUAUCUAUUACAAUUAUUACAAAAUAUAAAUUGUAUUAUGUUGUAUUGGUAUUUUUAUGGUUGAGAAAUGAGAAAUGUCACAAAUUAAAAAGUGCCAUUUUUGUUUUAUUACUGUCAUAUAAAGCUCAUGGUUGCUGAAGAAGUGCAUUUUGAUUUUGAUUUUUUUAACUGACCUAUGUUUGUUACACUAAACUUUAUUAAGUCUCAUUGAUCAAACUUAAAGUAAAUUAAGAAAAGUAUAAAAUUAUGUCUGUUCAUAAUUUUGUUUUGGGUUUUUCUGUCCAUCUAUUUGUUUCAAAACUGUGUCAGCUUCUUAAUUUUUUUACACCUAUUGAAGGAUUUUCUAAUAAUUAAGCACACAUGUUUACUUACCAUAGACAGACAAUGUGUAGAUUGCAUCUUUCAGUCAUAUAAGUUCAAGGUUGUCUGGUUAUAACAAAGGUCAGAUAGGUAGUAUUUCAUGUCCACUCUGGUUCUUGUAUACCCCAAAAAAGAUUUUCAAGAAACUUGGUACAAAUGUUUGCCUUCAAGAAGCAACCUCUUUGCCCUAUGGGCAAAUGAUAUAUAUCCUAUCACCUUUCAGUUAAAAUGAAGCAGUAUUGACAUAUUUUGUUUCAGACUCAAUCUAUAUGGAUGUUUGCUUUCAGCAUUAGUUCCAGAGGGAAACACAUAAAUUAUAUUAACUGAAACAAAAGAAUUUGUGUUUUUGAAUGGUUGAUGUCACAAAUGAUCUGAGUGGUUGAAUGUUCAGAUAAGAUUUAUUCUUUAUAAGAAACUUGAAGUCUAUUAUGAUUAAAAUCUACAUUGUGCCAUGCAUUGUACUGUAGAGUCACACAUAAAAUUUUGCUUGAAUGUUAUGUUUGAGAUAGCUGAAAUAGUUUUUGUACACUGAAGUAAUAUGUGACAUUGAAAUCCCUCUGAAAUGAACAGCUGCCAGACUAAAGUUAAGUUUUGAUGAGUUUUGCCUUUAGAAUACAUGAUAUGUAGCAAAAUAGUACUGAAAAGUCAA